AUGGGAGAAGAAGAAUUAACCUCAAGUCAAUGGGCUAAGGCUUCAGGAAUCACUCAGCAAAGGCUUGUAUAUAUUUUAUGUUAAGAGAGAGAAUCACAGGAUCGAAUUUGCAGCUGUUAUCAGAGACUUGUUAUUGCAGUCGCUAGAUCUCAUCAAGGAAUAGGGUUGAGCUUCAAAGAUUUAAUUCAGAAAGGAAGAAUUGGACUAAUUCGAGGGGCUAUAAGAUUUAACACGAAGAGAGGUUGUAAGUUAUCCACAUACGGUUACUAGUGGAUUAGGCAAGCUAUUAGCAGAGCCAUAGCCAGCAAAUCAACGAUAUUCCAAUUGACGGGCAGUAUUAGUGAAUUGGUACCUAAGAUUUGCGAGGCGAACAAUGACUUAAGCCGAAGGCUGCAGUAUCCUACAUGUGAUGAGAUUGCAGCAGCCAUUGAUGACAUCAUACGGGGGCGAAAUGAAACGAAACUAGAGGCAAUGGAGAAGAAAGAGAUGUUGAAAAGAGAAAUACAAAAGCUUCUUAACUAGUUUGUGAGAGAGGAAAAUGUCUUAAGACUGCACUAUGGCCUUAAUGGCUGCACUCCAUGUUCCUUUAAAAUUGAAGAGAUAGGAAAUUUAUUUAAACUUUCAAGGGAGAGGAUUCGGCAGAUUAAUAGCACUGCAUUGUCUAAAUUACAAAGGACUAGUGGGAUAAAUGAUCUCAAAUAUUUGAUAUAGCUUUUACUAUAUAUAAAGAAUACAUGCUUACAGUACAUAAAUCAUGGAUUUGUAUAUCCAUUUUCUACAAAAUUAUUGCAAAUUGAAGACACUGUCUUCUGCUCUUUCGAAUUUUUCUUAAGAUUCUGU